UUCAUGGAUUCCCUGGUAAAUGGGAACCACACUGCAAUGACUGGGUUCAUUUUAUUGGGCUUAACAGAUGAUCCAAUUCUUUGUGUCAUCCUCUUUGUGAUCAUCCUAUGUAUCUACCUGGUGACCUUAUCUGGCAAUCUCAGCACAAUCAUUCUUAUCAGAAUCUCUUCUCAGCUCCAUCAUCCUAUGUACUUUUUUCUGAGCCACCUGGCUUUUGCUGACAUAGGCUAUUCAUCUUCUGUCACACCCAAUAUGCUUGUAAACUUCCUGGUGAAGAGAAGUACAAUUUCCUAUUGUGGAUGUGCUAUUCAGCUUGGUUCAGUUGUUUUCUUUGGGUCAACUGAAUGCUUCCUUCUGGCUGCCAUGGCAUAUGAUCGCUUUGUGGCAAUCUGCAGCCCACUGCUUUAUUCAGCCAAAAUGUCCACACAAACCUGUGUGCAGUUACUCCUAGUUGCUUACAUAGGUGGUUUUCUCAACACUUGUUCUUUUACUAUUUGCUUCUAUUCUUUACUCUUCUGCGGACCAAAUCAAGUCAAUCAUUUCUUCUGUGAUUUUGCUCCUCUAGUUGAACUCUCCUGUUCUGAUACCAGUAUUCCUGCAAUUGUUCCCUCAUUUACUGCUGGCUCCAUCAUCGUGGUCACAGUGUUUGUCAUAGCCAUCUCCUACAUCUACAUCCUCAUCACCAUCCUGAAGAUGCGCUCCACUGAGGGGCGCCACAAGGCCUUCUCCACCUGCACCUCCCACCUCACUGCGGUCACUCUGUUCUAUGGGACCAUCACAUUCAUUUAUGUGAUGCCCAAGUCCAGCUACUCAACAGACCAGAACAAGGUGGUGUCUGUGUUCUACAUGGUGGUGAUUCCCAUGUUGAACCCCCUCAUCUACAGUCUCAGGAACAAGGAGAUUAAAGGAGUUUUGAAGAGAGAGCUUGGUAGAAAAAUACUUUCUUAG